AUGGAUUCUACAGUCACUUCGAAUUCGCCUAGCAAAAGCUUAACUCUUGAUAAGAUCCAAAUUUUGAAUUUGUUUAAACUGUUUGAUAAUUUGCCCUUCGAUCCAAAGAACGAAAAUGAAACAUGGUACAUCGUGAACAAAGAAUUCAUAGACAGCCUGAAGAGCUACGAAGAAGGGAAGGCGAGUCGAUACCAAACUCUGAUCGACAACAGAAUAUUUGUGGAGGAUGCCAGUAAUGUCACCACGAGGACCAGACUUCUCAAGGAUUACGAAAAUGGCAACGGAGUUAAUUUCCUCCUAUACCCAGAGAAGGCCAUAGAUGUGUUGGAAAAGCAUUUUCACUUUAACUUAAAAAUACCUAGGGCUGUUUACCCCUAUAAGGUUCCGAAGAGGGAGAAGGUAAUUUAUAAGGUUGACAUUCAGCCCCUGAAAAUUGUGGUGUACUCGAAGAACCCGAACGACUUCAGCAGCCCGUCCAAGAUGAAGAUCGUCGUCCUGCGCAACGACACGGUGGAGGAUGUCCUAAGGGAGAUCGUCACUGACUUCGACCCCGCGAGCUUCAAGAAGAACCUAUUCUACGCAGAGGAAAUGAGCGGAAAGAAGGAGUACAAUUGGGAGCGCCUGUAUCUGCACGAUUCGACAGAGUACCCCUUGAACAACAAGAUUCACGAAUAUGAUAUCGAUGACAGAACCUGUUUCUUAAUAACAAAUGAGCGAGCGGAUAUAAAAUGUCUGACAAAUGAGAGCGACUAUGCCUACACGAGGCGGGAGGCGAGUUUUAGGAGGUCAGAGAAGGAGGAAGAUUGUAUGAGGGGCUAUUCGAGUGGACGCACCGGAGGGUAUGCUAGUACUACCCACACCCUUGGAUAUACACAAGAAAACAUGGAUAAACAAAUAAGCUAUAUAUUUGAACAUGGGGGUGAUCGAGGAUUGAUCAAUUUAGGAAAUACGUGCUUCUUGAAUUCCUCUCUGCAGUGUCUAGCGAAAAUAAAAAAAUUUUCUAACUAUUUCCUAAGUGGAACCUUUUGGAAUCACAUAAACUACUCCAACCCAGUAGGUCAAAAUGGACGACUAGCGAAAGCUUAUUACGAAACAUUGCUGGAACUUUGGAAAAUAAAUAAGAGAAGCGAACCGUACGCACCAAAGGCAUUAAAAUUAGCUAUAAGUGAAAAGAGGGAUGAGUUUUACGGGUACCAACAACACGAUUCACAAGAAUUGUUAGCCUUCCUUUUAGAUGGACUCCAUGAAGAUUUGAACCUAAUACAAAAGAAGCCCUAUUACGAAGAGAAAUUACAAGGAGGAUUGGACAAAUUAGAUAUUGAUGUAGCAGAAGCAUCCUGGAAUAGACACAAAGAAAUUAACAACUCCAUUAUAGUGGACCUGUUCCAAGGACAGUACAGAUCGCGUUUACAAUGCCCCCAAUGUAAGAAAGUUAGCAUAGCCUUCGAUCCGUUUAUGUAUUUAUCCAUCCCCUUACCUCCUAAAAAGAACCAUCGUAUUUGGUUCCACGUUAUCCUAAACAGGGAUGUACCAAUAGGCAUGAGAUUCUCCUGCUCUUUCAGUGGUUCACAGGAAGUACUAAAAUUGAAAAUUUUCCUUCUCACCAUAAUAAAAAAUUUAAAAGUGAAAAGAAAAAAUAUUCUACUUCAUAAUAAGUGUAUAAUAAAAAAUAGCAAGGAGACUGUCCAUCAUGAGGGCAGAAAUAGCAAUCAUGCCAAUGGACCUAUGCCCAGUAGCAGUGGUAGCAGUUGUAGUGGUGGGACGGCAGAUGCCACUAACACUAGUGCCUUUAAUUUUCACCAAAAAUAUUUAGAUGAAAAAAAUGAAUUCUACGAAGAUAAUGAAGAUAAUUGCACCAAUGCCGAUAUUGCCAAUUACGUGAGGGCUAUAAAAAAUAAAAAUAAAAUAACAAACACAUUGAAGGAACAAGAUAUCUGCAUCCUCCAUGAAAGCAUCUGUGCCAUGUGUAACAUACAGUCUAUUGAAGAGCUAGAAAUUAAUAAUUUGAGUUUCCUUUUUACAAAGUUUAAAAACCUGGCUUGCAAUCAAUUUUUUCAAGUCUUAAAUAACACAGAUUUUGUCACCGAGCCGCAUACUAGAAAUGGAAAGGGCAUUAGCCACAUUUUUGUUUUCAUCUUGCCAAAAUUAUAUGCCCACCUGAUUGAUAAGAACAUGGAUGUGAAGGUGCCUGAUGAGAGUUUGGAAGUACUCACCAACUCCACCGUCACUACGAACAAUACCAGUCUCAGGGAUGAAGAGAUGAACCUAAAGAACGAAACAAAUCACACCAACAACAAUAAUAAUAGUAAUAAUAGUAGUAAUAAUAAUGGUACCUCCGAGAAAAAGGCCUUCAAGGAGAAGAGCAAUCCUUCUAGCAAGAUACUUAAAAAGAGAAAAGGUCUUCUCAGCUCCCCCAACAAUAAUGGUAGCCCCAUUCGGAAGGGAGAGAAAAUUUACCCUCCCGGAGCGGAGGAGGACGAAGACGACGAGGUCACUCCCAUGACAUCAGUUCCAGGGGAAUUAAAUACAAAUUCUCACGCAAAUGGAAAUGUCAAUGGGAGCACACCAGAGGCUUACGACGAAGCCAUGGAAGAGUCAAACGAUUUAAACAUGCAGGACAGUUCUUCAGAGAUGCCUCUAUAUAAUUCCAAUGGAAUCAGGCAGAGCAGAUAUAACUGUCAGCAGCACAUCUCCUACAAUGAACUUCUUAGAGAUCGAAUUAUUUCUACACCAGAUGUGUACAACCUGCACGACAAGUACUUCUCCCUCCUUAUAGUACCCCUUUGCAAGGAUGAGCAACUUUUCUACAAAAUGAAAAAUAAUGAUUUGCCCCUUCUGCUAAAUAUCCCUUUUAAUUUUACACUGAAUGACCUGUACAGCAAGGUGGAAAAUGCCUACAGGAAGGAGCCCUUGGGAAAUAGUGCACACAUGGAAUUUAUCCACAAUUCCAAUGAUCAGAAUAAUCAACCACAUGACAAGAAUCCCUAUGGAGAAGUGUAUACACAUAACGGGAAUGUAAAAAGCGGAGGAGAUGAAGAAAGUGCAAAGAAGGAUAGCAUAUCCAGUACCGACGUUACAAAUAAGACCAUCACAAAUGAGUACGAUCGGGUGUUGGAGGAAAAGGGAAACCCAAAUGGGGUUCAUAUGGAGGAAAAUGGCGCCAGCAGAUUCACUCUAUAUCUUUCUUGCUAUAAUCUGAAGGAGGAAUGGACGCCAAAAGAUAACCUGGGAUUCGAACUCAAAAGAGACGAAACCUACCUUUCAGAUUACAUAAAAAAUUCUGAAGAGAAGAGACUGAUAAUUAUACACCUUAACAGUGUUGAAAUAGAUUAUGAGUUGUCCUUGGACAUAAAAACGAUGACAUUCAUAGAUUUGGAGGAACGCUAUGGGAUUGAUACAUGUUUGAAGCUGUUUUCGGAGGAGGAACACCUGGAUGAGAAUAACACUUGGUACUGUGGUAACUGUAAGCUCCACGUACAAGCCUACAAGAAGCUCGACCUAUUCCGAAUGCCAAUCAUCCUUAUUUUACACUUAAAAAGAUUUAACAACACGAAUAGGUGGCUAAGGACAAAGAUUGAUUCCUAUGUUUACUACCCUCACAAAGAAAAUGAAUACUUAGAUAUGGCCCCGUACAUUUUGGAGGAUGGUUUAAAGCACAUGAUAAAAAUGGACCCGACUUAUUCUCCUUUAUAUGAGUUAAUUGGAGUUAAUUGCCACACGGGUGGUCUCUGUGGGGGGCACUACUUCGCCUAUGUCAAACUCAACGGUCAGUGGUACAACUUCAAUGAUACCUUCGUCACGACCAUUGAGGAGUCGCAGGUCAACACAAAAGAUGCAUACCUGCUCUUUUAUCAGCUGCAUACUCACAAGAACGAGACUUUCACGGGUGUGGCUGAUCAGAGGAACUUGGCCGAAGAGGAGGCUAUUCGCAUGGCCAACGCCAGCUAUUACAAUUAG